UCAGUUGAAAAAGAAAAAAUACUUUUGUGAAGAGAGCUAGAGGUACAAAACACGCUAUGAGAUCUUUAUGUACCUUGAAUGCUUCUAAUAUAGCUAAAACUGUGCAACUAAUCGGUGUACUGUGUCCCAUAUGGUCUCAAGUGUCAGUUGGAAGUGCAAGAAUGUAGUAUAAUCUAGCAGACAAGAUGUUACCAACGUUAGAUACACAGCCUCGAUUAAACCCUGGCGUAACGCGGAUAUAAUUCGAGCUCUCAGCUUAAAUCUUAAGUCGUAGGAGUGGUGUUUCUCCCUCUGUGUCCUCUCUGCCAUCAUAACUGAAUAGUAUCCUAUUAUUCUAUGCUGCUAUUAUUCUAUGCUGCCAUUAUUCUAUGCUGCCAUUAUUCUAUUCUGCCAAUCUUGUAACUGGUUCCACGUGCUAAUUCAGCUCCACCCAUAGUGCCACGAAUGGGCGAUUAUUAUGCCUCGGUGCGCAUGCACAAGCGAGGUAUACACGGUAGUGUGUUUGUCUGUGUGUCUGUCUGUGUAGACUGCUACAGCUGCACAAGGAUCAAUGAAGUGGUGGGUGGACUCCACUCUUGUUGGCAGCCAAUGGAGGUCACACUGACUGUGUUAAAGAGCUGUUCUCCUCAAGAGCCGUAUUGGACAAGGCUGACAAUGAUGGGUGGACUCCACUCUUGGUGGCAGCCAGGAGAGGUCAUACUGAAAGUGUUAAAGAGCUGCUCUCCUCAGGAGCUGUGGUGGACCUGGCUGACAAGCUUGGGUAUACUCCACUCUGCUGGGCAGCCAGGAAUGGUCACACAGACUGUGUUAGAGUGCUGCUCUCCAAAGGAGCCAUGGUGAACCUAGCUGGUGAGCGUGGGUGGACUCCACUCUGGGGGGCAGCCAGUGGAGGUCACACUGGCUGUGUUAGAGAGCUGCUCUCCUCAGAAGCCAUAUUAGACCUGGCUGACAAGGAUGGGUACACUCCACUCAUGUUGGCAGCUUACAAUGGACAGGAAGAUACUGUUAAAGAGCUUCUCUCGUCAGGCGCUUCAAUUAUCAGCACUAAUAAACGUGGACAGACUGCUCUGAUGCUGGCCAAGGAAUCUCUGAUGCUGGCCAAGGAAUUAGGUUUUUCAAAAAUAAUACAGCUUCUAGAGGAAGCUGCUGGAGCACAUGUCCUCCCCAGAAGCUGGACUAUUGUUACUGACACAGAAACGAAAACGCCAAUCUACCAGAACGAGACAACAGGGGAAACCCUCCUCAAACUACCUGGAUAUCCCCUGCACCAAACCUCUGCACACCCUGGUGUCGCUUUUUAUGAUGAGCCUCGAGAGAAGGUGUUCACCUCCAGUGGUGGGCAUGCUGACUUUGCCAAUGGAGUUAAAGUGGCUGUUCCAGCUAAUGCUAUCCCAGUAGGGACCUCUGUGGGCAUUAAAGUCCAACCCAGCCUUGCCCCCAUAGAUGUAUUUGUGAUGCCUGAGGGCAUUCAGUCUGCAAGUCCGUCUUACUUAAUUUCUAGUGAAGGUAUAAACGGACAGGUGACCGUGAGCAUGGAGCACUAUGUACGAGUGUCCACCCAAGAAGAAGCUGGUAACCUCCUUUUUCUCCAAGCUGACUCGUCUCCUAAGAGAUCUGGUUCAAAGAGUGUCUACGAGUACCGGGAGGUGCGAAAGGGCUCGUCACAGUUCACUCCUGGAGGAAACACCGGUAAACUGACCAGACGCUUGUCAAAGAAACGGUUCAUUAAAAUUGGCCGCCAAGCUCGUGUUAGAGACUCACCACCCAACCUCUACACUGUCAGAGUUUACUUGUCUCCUCCACACACAACUGGAGACAGAAUGGCUCUGGUCAUUAUCAGCUACUUCCAACGUCUGUUUCACGAUUUUUUGCGGAAGUUUGAGGUUGACGUCAUUCCCAGAGAUUAUCCACACUUGUCAAAUAGCCCUGCUGAUAAGACAAUCAAAAACGCUCUUAGUUUUAUCGAAGUUGAUGCAGUACUGGAGCUAGUCUGUGACUCAGCCGCCUGGAGGAGUGUGCCUAACCAGACAAUGAUUUCCCAAAGAGAAGUGGACCUGCCAAUGAUUGGUAAGUUCUCACGAGAGAAGCUUCAUGACUACCCACCCAGGAUAGUGUGUCGGUUCUUCCCUGAACAAGGAGCUAUCUCCACCACAUGCACUCUCUCACUGCAUGGCUUUGACACGCCAGUCAGUGUAAACAUGGCAUUGGAAGGCUUUGACAAGCCAGUCAGUGUAAACAUGGCAUUGCUCACUCCUCAGAGAUCAGUGGACACUAAACAACUCAAGGAAGCCACUGAAGUGCUGAGGAGAACAGUUAGUGAGAUAACCACCACAUCACAGCUUGGCCCUUCUGUGGAGAGUGUACUAUCACUAAUGGAGAAAAUGGCAACUGCACUUCAGUCAUCUUCUCUGAGCGAGCUAGCAGCCCUCACUGACUCCAUACGGACAGAGAUAGAGUCUGUCCUUGUAGUGACCAGGAGGGUUGUCGAGGACUGCACAUUACAGAGUGAGAACAUUGGAGCUAAUCUCUCUAAGAUUGAUGAUUUAUCUCGCCAGUUUUGUAUGGUGGCCAGGGCCAAACGCAGACACUGUCAAGACCAGUCAGAGGAGGCAGCUGCUCUUGUUGACCUGGUGGAGAAUGGAGCUAAUCUGUUAAGAGCUGUGGACUUAGCACUCAGGGAGAUCGACACACUCAGUGGUAACACUGGCUACAGUGUGCUGAUGAGCUGCAGUGAGAUGAUAGUUCAGUCACUCUCUGAGGAUCCAAAGGCAUUGGCCCUCCACCUCCUGUCAGCUGGGAUCAUCACUGUGUCCAUUCUUGAGGCAACCAACGAGUUAAAUGAGACAAAGAGAGAGAAGGCUACCCGAUUGUACACUGCCCUGAUUGGUGUGGUUAAACACCACCCCCACAAGUACGACGUGUUUGUCUCCACUCUCAGACGCAACCCACUACACACUGACUUGGUCAGAGAAUUAGAUAGCAAGUGCAUGUAGUUUGCAUGUCAACAACAUAAAAUAUGUAUAAUAUAUGAUCGUGCGUACUUUCGCUUUAGGCUCUGUCAUUCAAAGUUACAUAUCUCCCUUGAAUUGAAUUAUACUCAUGACCUUUAGUUUUAUGCUGAUCUUAUCCUUACUUUGAUGUUUUCUUUUAAGCUCUGUCAACUGUAAAACUAAGCAAUAAUACAACUGACAAUCUUUACCAAACGAGUGUUGCAAGCUGCGCUGCAUGUACUAAUCCUCUCGCCAUGUUAUGCUUUCGCUCAGAGUGUUAUAGUAGAGGGAAUAAGUUUUUUCUAUAAUGAAUUUUAGCUAGUUUAAUAGCUUAUCUAUACUGAGAAGAAAAUACUUGUUUACAUGCAUCUAUAUUGAUGUUAUCCAUUAUAUUAUUAUGGGGUGCCGUUUAACUUA